CUCCCGGCGCGGCGGCUGCGAGGGGCGGGUCGCGCCAAAGCAUCGCCCGGCUGGGCCGCCGUCGCCGCAGAGCUCGCCGCAGAGGCCAGUGGGGGUCCGCCUGCGGGCGGGGGCCGCGGACCAUGAGCGCCGGGGCAGCGUCUCAGCCGCAGGCUGCGCAUCGUCACUUGGAGAAGUCGCCUGGCUCUGCAAUCCUCUGCAACAACUGUGGCAAAGCAUGCAAAGGAGAGGUGCUGAGAGUUCAGAAGAAGUAUUUCCAUAUUAAAUGUUUUGUUUGCAAAGCGUGUGGCCGUGACUUGGCCGAGGGAGGAUUUUUUGUGCGGCAGGGAGACUACAUCUGCACUCUGGAUUACCAGCGACUCUAUGGGACGCGCUGCUUCAGCUGCGACCAGUUCAUCGAAGGAGAGGUGGUUUCAGCCCUGGGGAAAACCUACCACCCGCAUUGUUUUGUGUGUGUGGUUUGCAGGCAGCGUUUUCCUCCUGGAGAUCGUGUUACUUUCAACGGGAGAGACUGCGUCUGCCAGAAGUGUUCUGUGCCAUCUACUGGGAGCAACAGCAGUUUGCCAGUCCAAGCCCCCCAAAAUUGUGGGGGCUGUGACUGUGAAAUAAAGAACGGACAGUCUUUGGUGGCUUUGGACAAGCAUUGGCACCUUACCUGUUUUAAGUGCAAGAUCUGUGGCAAAGUUCUCAAUGCUGAAUACAUCAGCAAGGACGGUGUACCGUACUGUGAAAUGGAUUAUCAUGUUAAAUUUGGAAUAAGAUGUGACAAUUGUGAGAAAUACAUUAUGGGAAGAAUUCUGGAGGCAGGAGAAAAACACUAUCACCCAACUUGUGCACGAUGUAUCAAGUGCCAUCAGAUGUUUACAGAAGGUGAAGAAAUGUACCUUCAAGGGACUUCAAUUUUGCACCCAGCUUGUCGACAGGCAGCUAGAGUGGAAGAAAAGACCAAGGAAACCAGAACAUCUUCUGAGAGCAUAAUGUCAGUGCCGGCCUCAAGUGCAUCAGGGUCCCCGAACAGAGUUAUUUAUGCAAAACUUGGUGAUGAAAUCAUUGACUACAGAGAUUUGGCAGCCCUUCCUAAGGACAAGGCCAUCUAUAACAUCGACCGGCCAGAUAUGAUCUCCUAUUCUCCCUACAUCAGCUAUUCAUCAGAUGACAGACGCGGUUAUGGGGAGGGGGAGCAAGAUGACCGGUCCUUCAAGCAGUACAGGACAUCAAGUCCCAGCUCCGCAGGCUCCCUCGGCUACAGCUGCAACACACCUCCUUGCCAUUCGCCUCAGAGUUACAGCAGACCAGCUGGUACUCAGAGUUUUGGUACCAGUAGCUGCCUCUCCCUCCCCCAACACACAAGCCUCACAUCUGCAUUCAGGCACCAUUACAUCCCUUUCUUCAAAGGCAGUGAAAGUGGUCGGAGUACGCCAAGCUUAUCCACGUACUCAGACAGCAAAUCUUCGCCAUCUUUCUAUCCUCAAGCUCCUAGGCAUUUUCAUGUUCCAGACACUGGAGUAAAAGAUAACAUCUAUAGGAAGCCCCCUAUCUACAAACAGCAUGGAAUACUGCACUGGUUCUUGGAGCCCAUUGUUGACCUGACAGACCAAGGCAAAGCCUCGAGAAAAUCAGAUGUGGGUAGUGAGAGCUCUGAUCAAGACAGUGGAAAGGUGAAGUCCAGUUGGCUGAUUUCGAAAGCAGACAUCAGUGCCAGAACCAGUGCAGCUGGUCUGGAUCCUCAAUCGCUCCCACAAAGCCCUGGAACCGACCGAGAACUUCAACGGUUGCCCCCUAAUGUGAACAGCACCUACCCACGAUUUCCAUAUUCCAAAUCUGCCUCUCUUCCCGACUAUGGCAAGAAUGGACUACACCAUGGUGCAAAUAUGACCCAAUAUGACAUGGACCGGGAUUCGAGUUGGGGAAGGAGAGAAUACAAGGUAUAUUCCUAUGAAACACUAAUUGUAACAAACAGAGUGCGUGUAAAACUUCCCAAGGAUGUGGAUCGAACCAAGUUGGAACGGCAUCUGUCCCCUGAGGAGUUCCAGGAAGUCUUCAAAAUGACCAUUGAACAAUUUGACCGGCUUGCACUUUGGAAGCGGAAUGAACUGAAGAAAAAGGCACUGCUUUUCUAGCAUCCUACAGAAAAAAAAUGUUCUUGGUGAAAAAAAAAACAUUUGCCACAAGUUAUCAUAUGCACCAGCUGUAGUCCAUUUGUCCGGAUUGUUUUAGUGUGGGACACCACAGAAAAGUGGAUGGCACACCCAGAGGUUGGGUAGAUUGGCACAUGCCAGAUGGCACUCUGCCCAUGACUUCUGGGCCUUCAACAAACACAGCGAGCCUUGUUUUAAAAUUAAUUCUUGUUUUAACUGUAUCUUGUUGCAAACUGAAAUUUCAAGUGGAAAGGAAUUAAUGUAACUUUGACAGCAACAAAAAAAACAUUACCACCAUUUUGUUUCCCUAGUGUACAAAAUGUAGAUGGAAAGCAGUUGCUUCCUGCAGAAGAAAAUGUGCUAGUAUGAAGCAAGUGGAAUAAAGCCAAAGAAAAGCAUGUCAGACAGUCACUCUUGCAAAUGUAUGAGACAUAUCUUAGAAAUUAAAAAAACAAGCGCUAUCGAAAGCACCUUAAGUCUCAUUUUCUCACAUAUAUACAAACUACUGUUUCAAAUGGGGAAAUAGUUAUAAAAAGUUUUAUUUUUGUAAAAUUAGAGUGUAAUGCACUGUGUUGGGCAUCCUGUACAUGUGAGCAGUUCAACCUGCAACUUAACUUAGAUGAAGUACCUGAUUUAUAAUGCCUGAACUUCUCUUACAUUCAAGGCAAAAUACUUUUAAAUGUGAGGACUCCAGGAUUCACUAGAAUAUAGUCCAUGUUCAGUUCACAAAGUUAACUAAUUUUUUUCUGUGGAAAAUGUGCAAUGCUGAUUGUGUAUUUAUAUUUCUUCUGCAUUUCAUGCUGGUACAAAAGAGAUGUAUUUAGUCUUGAUUCUAUACACCCACUAAUGUCUGCAUUAAAAUGUGGGUUUGUAAAGAU